GUUCCGUCUCACCAAUCCUGCAGAGAUGAAGUACUUGGUGUUUGUACUCCUGGUGGCUGCCGCUUGCGCUUCUGAGGUGGAGAAGCGAGAGGCGGAGCCAAGCUAUGGCCAUGGUGUCCACCACCACACCUACUACCCACGCACUUACUACAACCCCUACCACACCUACCACAAGAGGUCUGCUGAGCCUGAGGCUGAAGCCGAACCCUCUUACGGUUCCUACCACUACCGUCCCUAUUCCUACGGCUACCACAAUACUCCCUACGUCCACCACCACUAUAAGAGGUCCGCCGAACCUGAGGCCGAAGCAGAGCCCUCUUACGGAUCCCCUAAUUACUACCGCUCCUAUUCGUAUGGCUACCAACCACAUCACUACAUUCCUUCCAUCCACCACCACCACAAGAGGUCUGCUGACCCCGUUGCUGAGGCUGAAGCCAGCUACGGCUACAGGUCAUACCACCCCGUGCAUUACCACUCCUACCAAUACACCCCUUACACUCACAGCCACUACAAGAGAUCUGCCGAGCCAGAAGCUAAUCCAGGUUUCAGCUAUGGCCACCACCACCAGUCCGUGUACCGUCCCUACCACAGCGGAGCUCACUAUGGUUACGGUUACCGCACUUACCAUCACUAAGGUACUGGGAGGUUAUAUGCCCUGAAGUUAUCUGAAGGAGUUUUAUAUUGAAAAUUGAUUUACAAACAAUAAAGUCAAUCUAAACGAAU